UCGCGAGACUUGCGUGGUCCAAAGGUUUUCCACUAUGGUUUCAACUCAAGACAAACAGCUGCUCGAAAAGUUGGUUUUAACCCCAGAAAGUUGCUUCAUUCUGCCGGCAGCGAUGAAGAUGAGAGACAGCUGAUGUGCUCUGCGGAAGAUGAAGAUGAGGGCGAUGAAGCUGAGGGUGAACCACAGCCAGCUGCUGUUCCUGUCCAGAGAGGAAACAUCUGGAAACUUCCAGAGAGAGGGAGCGCUGAGAGUCGGACGACAGGAGAGAGAUCUCUGUGAGAGGUUCUGUCGGCUGAGAGGAAACCUGCUCUUCAUCCUGAAGAAACAGGGUGGUAAACUAGAGGAGGUUCUGCUGUUGGAGAGAUGUGAAGUGAUGAAGCUCCCAGGUGACGACAGACGACUGGCUGUCAUGUUUGACAGCGGUGACCCUCCGGUGUUCCUGGAGUCGAGCAGCUCUGCAGAGUGUGUGUCGUGGCUCCUCGUCCUCAGAGACGCCAACACCGAAUUGUUGAGGCGACGCAUCACACACCUCCGCACGCUCAUCAACACACACACCACCGCCGGGCAACACACACACACUGCUGCGACGUGCAGCGGGGGAGAUGAAAACCUGGAACAUGCUGGAGGUGGAGUCGUGUCUGCUUCUAAAGUCUCUCCACUGCACCUCAGUGUAGAGUUUCGAGGUGUGGUUGCCGUGGCAGCCAGCAGAGUCAAGGUACAAGUGUGUGUGAUCGACACACACACUCACACAGUCAGGAAACACUGCUGCUGCAAGAUAGUGGAGUGUCAGAGAAUAUUAAGUAGAAAGGAGCAAACAGGAAGUAAACAGGAAGGAAGAGGCUGUUUAUUUUUAUUCCUGGGGAUGCAGAGAGCGACGAUGGCGUUCAGCAAAUGUUUUUGUCCACAGGGAGAGACCAGCUCCUCUGCUGGACAGAGGAGCUCCCUGGGUUUCACCUCCUUCUCCAUCAGAGAUCUGCUCAGGUCCAAAGAGCCUCACAUCUCCCUCAGCCUCAGGACGAUGGAUGGAGUGAACGAGGUCGGGGAGGUGAAGGUGUCCUGUCUGCAGAUGGAAGGAGAAACUCCUCCCGAACACAAGUGUCCUGCGCUGUGUGACAGUCUGCACAGCUCCGUCCACAACAAAGAAAACAGUCCAAUGAUGAGAGCUGUGCUGUGUGCUCAGGUGUGUAAGGUGUACAGGUUUCAGACGGAGGAUCAAAGAUGGCUGCUGGUCCGGGAACAGAUGUCAGAGACGCCGCUGUCUUUCUAUGUACCUAAACAGCUACUGAAAGUGCUCAUACACAACCACACCAGCAGGGUCCAGGAAGUGAAGGAUCUCGGUGACCUUUCACCCCACUGGGACGGGAUCCGCCACGAUGUCAUUAACCACUGUCACCACCUGAUUGGCUGCUAUCAGGAAACGCUUGCUGAGCUCGACAAACUCUCAGCUUCGUCCUGUUUUAAGUCGAGCGGCAGUAAAUCAGACAAACACCUUCAGUUUGUUCCGACCAACCUGCACUCACAGAGGAUGGAGGUCACCAACCCGGACAGCACUGGUGUUUGGUAUGAGGUCAUAACGUUCGGUGCUCCGUCUGAUCACCACCAGGCCUUCAAACACGGAGGACUGAAGAGGCUGCUCAGCAAACACACGAACCUCAGAGACAGCUCUGUCUCGUACUCUCAGGAUGAGAGCUCCAGAGCGAAGGAGUUGCUGGCCAGCGUGGCCCAGCUGCAGCCCCUUGUCUUCGGGCUCGCUGAGGAGCUGCUGGCCGUCUCUCUGGAGCUGAACGCCGCCCGCCUGCAGCAGUUCCUGGACAGCCUGACUCAACAGACGGAGCACUUUGUUCACGCACUCAAAGACGAGCUGGUGAAGAGCGCCCUGUUGGCGAUCCACAACCAGUGCGCAGCCAGCUGCAACAGCAGCCACGUCCACAGCAACGGGCUGCUCUGUGACAACACGCCAGCCUAUCAGGAGGGGCAGGCAUCGCAGGGGCAACAGGAUGCAACAGGACGGGACGCAGAGUACGACGAGGAGGAAUGGGACAGAGCGUGGGCGAACGUCGCCAUGAGCCUCAACUGCAUCAUUGCGAUGGGCGACCGGCUGCAGGGGCGCCCUCAGGAGAUGACAUCAUCAUCAGAGCAGCAGGAAACCACAGCGGACACAAACUCUCAGAACACCGCUUCCUCCUCCUCCUCCUCCUCCUCCUCUUCCUCCUGGCAGGAGCAGCUGCUCCCCCUCGUGGUCACUCUCAGGGAUUGUGUGCGUGAGGCAGUGGGGAAGGCCCGAGCUGCCAUGACCUUUGUGGUCCUGCAGGGGGCGGUGGCCACGACCAUCGCCCAGGGACCUCUUCACAUCGUCCAGAGACGCCACGCCGUCUUCAGCCAGGCGCUGUCAGCAGUAGUGUGCGGUUUCAUGUUGAAGCUGUAUGGAGGUCUGGAGGAUGUUGACUUCCUGCAGCAGCUUCACUCUGUCGGACUGCUGGUUCAGUUCGAGGCCCUGCUCAGCACCUACGGUGAUGAGGUGGGGAUGCUGGAGGACAUGGAGGUGGGUGUGGCUGACCUGAGCAGAGUGACAUUCACUGUCACCGAGGCUAAAACAGAAGAACCGGACGACCUGCUUCCGACACUCAGUGGAGCAUGGGGCAGUUUGGUCGUCGAGGUCCCGUUGCUGCCAGAAACCUUCAGGUUGUUGCCACAGGAAGUGAAAGACGGAAGUUGGAUUCAAAUUCAUCCUGUUCUGUUUAACAUUGGAAUCAACCAACAGCAGAGCCUGGCUGAAAGGUUUGGUGACAGCUCCCUGCAGGAGAGAGUGAACCAGCAGAGCUGUGAGCGUCUCAAAGUGUACUGUCACACACUGACAGACAAAGUGCCUCACAUGGCUGGUAUCCAGUCACUGUCGGACCUGCUGUCCUCUCUGGAUCGCAGCGUGGAAACCAGGAAGAGGAAGAACGUCGAGGUUCUGUGGACCGCUGCUACGGUGUGUCGUAGGGUGAACGGUGUGCGUCUGACGAGCUGUAAGAGUGCGAAGGACCGCACGUCGAUGUCGGUGACGCUGGAGCAGUGUGCGUUACUGAGAGAGCGACACGCACUCAGCCAGCAGCACUUCAGCACGGCGCUGGACUGCAUGAGGAGGGAUGGCUGCAGGAUGGAGAACGUGCAGAAGAACGUGGGCAGCAGGAAGUUCGCCUUCAGCAGCGUUCAGCUCCUCACUUUCCCCAAACUGUACAGACCUCCAGACGGCAGCUUCGGAUAGACACACUGACACUUAGUUUUGUUUUAUACACACAUAGUUUUUUAUACGAAAAGAUUGUUUCAUCAUGUAAAGUGUAUGUUGUGUUAUACACACGUGUAAAUGUUAUGUCUGUGUUCGUGCUGUUCACUGUGACUGCAAGUGUUUGAUUUACAAACACGUCUCUGCAAUAAAUGAAUACUUGAUUUGU